UGGUAAUAUCAUCUGUAUAUAAAUCUCUACUUUCUCCAGUGUCAUUUUUCUUUAGCUCAAAACUACAACCUGACUCUUGCACUUUGAUUUCAGUUACCAAAAUGUCACUCUCCUUGCAAUCUCCGCCCUUUUCUGCUCUUUACUCCAAAUCAUUUCUUCAGAAUGGAGGGAACUUGAGGCUGCUAGGUGGAUCGGGAGCUUCAAAUGCAAUCUUCUUCAAGUUACAACGGUCUUUUCCACAAAUUCGUGCUUCUUCUGGCUUCUCUUCUUCUCUCGAUACUGGUGCGAGCACUGAAUUGGAUGCUGUGUCUAGCUUUAGUGAAAUCGUUCCUGACACCGUCAUAUUCGAUGAUUUCGAGAAGUUUCCUCCAACUGCUGCUACUGUUAGCUCUUCGCUUCUUUUGGGUAUAUUGAGUCUCCCCGAUACUAUAUUUAGGAAUGCAGUGGAUAUGGCUUUGGCCGAUUCAGGUUGUGCUGCUCUGAAAAAUCCUGAAUCGAGAUUGUCUUGUUUUGCUAACAAGGCUUUGGUGAAUGUUGGAGGUGAUUUGGUGAAAUUAGUACCUGGCCGAGUUUCAACAGAAGUGGAUGCUCGGUUGGCUUAUGACACUCAUGGCAUUAUUAGGAAGGUGCAUGCCUUGCUGAAGUUGUAUGAUGAAAUCAAUGUUCCCCCAGAGCGUUUGUUGUUCAAAAUUCCUUCAACCUGGCAAGGAAUAGAGGCCUCGAGAUUGCUGGAAUCUGAGGGUAUUCAAACACAUUUGACUUUUGUUUACAGCUUUGCUCAAGCUGCAGCUGCAGCACAAGCUGGUGCUUCUGUUAUUCAGAUUUUUGUUGGACGCCUCAGGGAUUGGGCACGCAACCAUUCUGGUGACCCUGAGAUAGAAGCUGCUCUAAAAAGAGGAGAGGACCCUGGUUUGGCUUUGGUGACAAAAGCUUACAAUUACAUCCACAAAUAUGGACACAAAUCAAAGUUGAUGGCAGCAGCAGUUCGUAACAAACAGGAUCUCUUCAGUCUUUUGGGGGUUGACUACAUCAUUGCACCAUUGAAGGUAUUGCAGUCUCUCAAAGAGUCUAUCACUACUCCUGAUGAAAAGUACUCUUUUGUUCGGAGGUUAUCACCACAAUCUGCUGCUGCCUACAGUUUCAGUGAAGGAGAGGUUGCAAAAUGGGACCAGUUAAGUGUUGCAUCAGCAAUGGGACCAGCAGCAGUCGAUCUUCUGGCUGCCGGUCUGGAUGGUUAUGUUGAUCAAGCAAGGCGAGUUGAGGAACUAUUUGCAAAGAUUUGGCCACCACCAAAUGUGUAAAAUUUUCUAGUUCAUUUCUUGGAGAUAUGGGCUUCAUGAAAUAAAAGAUGGAACAGUUUUUCAAUUAGCCCUUGUUCAUUCUAUAUCCUCUUCCAGUCUUCUGCUCUUCAUUUUACUAAAAUGAUAAUCAAAAUUUUAUCUUUAGUCAAAACUGGCAGCAAAAGUUGACUUUUGCCGAACUUUUUGUUUUCAUGAAACACAUGGAUUGGGUUGUUCUAUUA